UGACAAUAACUCAUCCUAAAGGAAUGUUCUACUGCGGCGGUACUCUGAUAAAAAAACAGUGGAUUCUGACUGCAGAACACUGCUGGGAGAAGGGAGGGACUAUCAAAGCACAUUUAGGUGUGCAUCCAGGAACCAACAAACAACCAGUGCAAACCAUCAAAAGACAUGAGAUCUUUACAGACGCCAACGGAGACAUUCAUGACAUCAUGCUGCUGAAGCUACCUGAACCACCCAACAUUACACCUGCAUCACUUCCUGUCUGUGGAACUCAUCCACCUCUAGGUGCUACUGUUCAGAUGGCUGGUCAUAGCUAUACCGAUGAAAAACAACUUAGAAGAUCAACUACUCUCCGAUGUGCUGACACCACGGUUGUCAACUGUGUAGCUGGGUUUUCUGUCGCCCAUUACCACACGUUCUGUGGCAAAAAAGCUGGAGUGGAUAGUUGUCCAGGUGACUCUGGUUCAGGAGUGGUGUACAAUGGCAAGAUUCAUGGUGUCAUUUCCUCUGGUUAUUGCACUAACCAAGGAACACAAGUUGAAUUUAUGGAUGUCUGUAAUAAGGAUUACAUGGACUGGAUCAAUCGAAUAGUAGCAACAUAGAUAUGUCUAAUUUGUGGUUAUUGUAAAAUGUCCUAUCAUUCA